AGAGGAGCGAAGGCGGCAAAAUGGCGGACCGCUUCUCCCGCUUCAACGAGGACCGAGACUUUCAGGGUAAUCACUUUGAUCAGUAUGAAGAAGGACAUUUGGAAAUUGAACAAGCAUCACUUGACAAGCCUAUAGAAUCGGAAAAGGGACCAUGGAGAACAGAUCCCAUUCCGAUUGUCGUCAAAUAUGAUGUCAUGGGCAUGGGUCGCAUGGAAAUGGAGGAUUAUGUUGACAAAGAGAAGGCCAUUGCCAAAGCACUGGAAGACCUCAGAGCCAACUUUUACUGUGAACUCUGUGAUAAGCAAUAUCAGAAACAUCAGGAAUUUGACAACCACAUCAACUCCUAUGAUCAUGCACAUAAGCAGAGAUUGAAAGAUCUCAAGCAGAGAGAGUUUGCUCGAAAUGUCUCUUCAAGAUCCCGCAAAGAUGAGAAGAAACAGGAAAAAGCCCUUCGGCGGCUCCAUGAAUUGGCUGAGCAAAGGAAACAAGCUGAAUGUGCACCUGGAAGCGGUCCCAUGUUCAGACCAACCACAGUGGCUGUAGAUGAAGAAGGUGGAGAUGAUGAUAAAGAUGAAUCAGCUACAAACAGUGGCACAAGUGCCACAGCCACUUGUGGCCUGGGAUCUGAAUUCUCCACAGAUAAAGGAGGCCCUUUCACUGCAAUACAAAGCACUAAUACCUCUGGACUGGCACAGGCUCCUGGGUUAGCCUCCCAAGGCAUCAGCUUUGGCAUUAAGAAUAAUCCAGGAACUCCACUGCAGAAAUUGGGAGUGUCAUUUUCCUUUGCCAAGAAGGCUCCUGUCAAACUCGAAUCAAUAGCGUCAGUGUUCAAGGACCACGCAGAGGAAGGACCCUCUGAAGAUGGAGCCAAAGCGGAUGAGAAAGGUUCUGACCAAGCAUUGCAGAAGAUGGGAGAAUCUGAUGGUAGCAGUAAUCUUGAUGGUAAAAAAGAGGAUGAAGACCCUCAGGAUGGAGGGUCCCUAGCCUCAACAUUAUCUAAGUUAAAAAGAAUGAAGCGAGAAGAAGGAGCUGGGGCUGCAGAGCCAGAGUAUUACCACUACAUUCCCCCAGCACACUGCAAAGUAAAACCAAAUUUCCCCUUCCUACUCUUUAUGAGAGCCAGUGAACAAAUGGAAGGUGAUAAUAGUAUGCACCCAAAGAAUGCCCUAGAGAGCAAAAAAAGCAGUUCUCCCAAGCCUAAAGGCUGUAUCAAGGUGAUAGCAAGCCAAGGAGCAGAAAAGACAGUUGAUGAAGUCUCUGAGCAACAGACAGAAACCAGUGCCGCAGAGGCCUCAGAGCCUGGAAGCAAAGCUGAGACAAAGAAGACCUCAGGAGGGGAUGUAAGUGAGCAGAGUUUAGAGAGUCCAUGUCAGAAGGCUUCAGAGAAUCAAAUAUGUGAGUCUAACCCCUCUAAAGAAACCUCUCAGAUCACCCCAGCAGGGAAAGAAAGCCAGGAGGGACCCAAACAUCCUACUGGUCCCUUCUUUCCAGUUUUGAGCAAAGAUGAAAGCACUGCCCUCCAGUGGCCAUCGGAACUCUUAAUUUUUACCAAGGCAGAACCCUCCAUUUCAUACAGUUGUAACCCUUUAUACUUUGACUUUAAACUUUCAAGGAACAAAGAUGCCAGAGCUAAAGGGACCGAAAAACCAAAGGACAUAGGAGGCUCCUCAAAGGACCAUCUCCAGGGCCUUGAUGCUGGUGAGCCAAAUAAAAGCAAAGAGGGUGGAGAGAAUGUAGAACAUUCCUCAGGAGGCAGAAUGGAUGCACCUGCUUCUGGGUCUGCCUGUAGCAGUCUGAACAAGCAAGAACCUGGAGGCAGCCAUGGGUCAGAGACAGAGGACACAGGGAGAAGCCUUCCUAGCAAGAAAGAACGAUCUGGGAAGUCCCACCGACACAAAAAGAAAAAGAAGCACAAAAAAUCCAGCAAACACAAACGGAAACAUAAGGCUGACCCAGAAGAGAAAAGUUCUAAGACAGAGUCUGGGGAGAAGUCUAAGAAGCGCAAGAAACGAAAACGAAAGAAGAACAAGUCAUCAGCCCCCGCGGAUUCUGAACGGGGACCCAAACCAGAACCCCCUGGGAGUGGUAGCCCUGCACCACCAAGACGACGGCGGCGAGCUCAAGAUGACUCCCAGCGGAGAUCCCUCCCAGCUGAAGAAGGGAGCAGCGGCAAGAAGGACGAAGGUGGAGGUGGUGGCAGCUCCCAGGAUCAUGGUGGGAAGAAACACAAAGGUGAGCCUCUAACUUCAUCCUGCCAGCGAAGAGCUGGCACCAAACGGAGCAGCCGGUCCAGCCAUCGAAGUCGACCCAGUAGUGGAGAUGAAGAUAGUGACGAUGCUUCGUCACACCGGCUACACCAGAAGUCUCCGUCCCAGUACAGUGAGGAGGAGGAAGAGGAGGAAGACUCAGGCAGUGAGCAUUCCCGGAGCCGUUCCCGGUCGGGCCGGCGCCAUUCCUCACACCGUUCCUCCCGGCGUUCUUACUCAAGUAGCUCCGAUGCUUCUUCAGACCAGAGCUGCUACAGCAGACAGCGCAGUUACUCUGAUGACAGCUACAGUGACUAUAGUGACCGAUCUCGAAGGCACUCCAAGCGCUCCCAUGACUCUGACGACUCAGACUAUGCCAGCUCCAAACACCGGUCCAAACGGCACAAGUACUCCUCUUCUGAUGACGACUAUAGCCUCAGUUGCAGCCAGUCCCGAAGCCGGUCUCGGAGUCAUACCAGGGAGCGCUCAAGGUCCCGGGGCCGCAGCCGCAGCAGCAGCUGUAGUCGCAGCCGGAGCAAACGGAGAAGCCGCAGCACCACGGCCCACAGCUGGCAGCGGAGCCGAAGCUAUAGCCGUGACCGCAGCCGCAGCACCAGGAGCCCUUCCCAGCGAUCAGGUUCCAGGAAGGGCUCAUGGGGUCACGAAAGCCCUGAGGAGAGGCGUUCUGGUCGUCGAGACUUCAUCCGCUCUAAAAUCUACCGCUCCCAGUCUCCCCACUAUUUCCGAUCAGGCCGGGGAGAAGGUCCUGGGAAGAAAGAUGACAGCAGAGGAGACGAUGGUAAAGGGACAGGCCCGCCCUCCCAGAACAGCAACAUUGGUGCUGGAAGGGGGUCAGAAGGUGACUGCAGCCCCGAAGACAAGAACUCCGUUACAGCCAAACUGCUCCUGGAGAAGAUUCAGUCAAGGAAAGUGGAGAAGAAACCCAGUGUGAGUGAGGAGGUGCUGGCCACCCCUGUUAAAGCUGGGCUCAAGCUCAAGGACCCCCCACAAGGUUAUUUUGGGCCCAAGCUCCCCCCAUCUCUUGGCAGUAAGCCUGUUCUUCCAUUGAUAGGGAAGCUCCCAGCUACCCGAAAGCCGAACAGCAAGAAAUGUGAAGAGUCUGGCUUAGAAAGGGGGGAAGAGCAAGAACAGUCAGAGACAGAAGAAGGGCCUCCAGGGAGUAGUGAUGCCCCAUUUGGACAUCAGUUCCCCUCAGAGGAAACAGCUGGCCCCUUAUCAGACCCACUCCCAGAAGAGCCAAAGUCUGAAGAAGUUACUGCUGAUCACCCUGUUGCUCCACUAGGCACCCCAGUGCACUCUGACUGCUAUCCUGGGGACCCCACCAUCUCCCAUAACUACCUCCCUGACCCCAGCGAUGGGGACACCCUAGAGUCCUUGGAUAGUGGCAGUCAGCCAGGCCCUGUGGAAUCCAGCUUGCUGCCUAUAGCGCCAGACCUUGAGCACUUCCCCAGUUAUGCACCUCCCAGUGGGGAUCCUAGUAUUGAGUCAGCUGAUGGGGCUGAGGAUGCUUCCCUGGCCCCCCUAGAGAGCCAGCCCAUCACCUUCACCCCUGAGGAGAUGGAGAAGUACAGCAAGCUCCAGCAGGCCGCACAACAGCACAUCCAGCAGCAGCUUCUAGCCAAGCAAGUAAAGGCCUUUCCAGCCUCAGCUGCCCUGGCCCCAGCCACUCCAGCCCUGCAGCCUAUCCAUAUUCAGCAGCCAGCCACAGCCUCUGCCACCUCAAUCACAACUGUUCAGCAUGCCAUCCUGCAACAUCAUGCGGCGGCAGCUGCCGCCGCCAUCGGAAUUCACCCCCACCCUCAUCCCCAGCCACUCGCCCAAGUGCAUCAUAUUCCCCAGCCCCACCUGACCCCCAUUUCCUUGUCCCACCUCACUCACUCAAUCAUCCCUGGCCAUCCGGCCACCUUUCUCGCUAGCCAUCCCAUCCACAUCAUUCCCGCCUCAGCCAUUCAUCCUGGGCCCUUCACCUUCCAUCCUGUCCCACAUGCUGCCCUCUACCCUACCCUGCUUGCUCCGCGGCCUGCUGCAGCAGCUGCCACCGCCCUCCACCUUCACCCACUACUUCACCCCAUCUUCUCAGGUCAGGACCUGCAGCACCCGCCUAGCCAUGGCACAUGA